AUGAGCGAUCUGUCGACUUCAGAUUCUUACCCUGUGCCGGACCCCACAAUUGUGGAUCCAACGACAAUACGAAAUGGACAAUGUCCUGCUGCCCAGGAUCAGAACCUGCCCAAAAGAGGGUCUCAGGGCGAUUCCUUCAGUAUGGACCGGGACCAAGAAAUGAAAAUAACAGACAGCGUAGAGGGCCAAGGUCUGCUUGAGAGCAGCAUGAGACUGAAACCCCAUGAAGCCCAGAGCUACCGUAAGAAGGCAUUAUGGGUGUCCUGGAUCUCCAUUGUGGUCACAAUCAUUCUGGCUGUGGCUGCCUUCACCGUUUCCUUUAUGAGACACAGUGCAUCAGCCUUUGGGUUUGCUUUUGAUGCUACAUUAGACGUUCUUUCCUCCAUUAUUGUGUUGUGGCGCUACAGCAAUGCUGCGGCUGUGCAUUCUGCACACAGAGAAUACAUAGCCUGUGUGAUUUUGGGGGUUGUGUUCAUCUUGUCAUCCAUGUGUAUUCUUGGAAAGGCCAUCCAUGAUUUGGCCACUAAGCUUCUGCCUGAAGUAGAUGACUUCCUCUUCAGUGUGUCCAUCGUAAGUGGGCUCAUGUGUGUCAUUUUGGCUGUGGUUAAGUUCAUGCUUGGGAGAGUGUUGACCAGCAGAGCCCUCAUCACUGACGGUUUUAAUUCCAUGGUAGGAGGAAUCAUGGGCUUCUCCAUUCUCAUCAGUGCAGAGGUGUAUCGACAUCACCCCACUGUCUGGUACCUCGAUGGCACCACCGGUGUCUUGAUCGGCCUCAUCAUUCUUGCUUACGGAGUAAAGCUGCUUAUUGACAUGGUGCCUCGGGUUAGACAAACCAGGAACUAUGAGCGUUUUGAGUGA